AUGCGCACUGUGGAUCGGAGUUGCUCCAGCCUCAACCUCAACAAGAGUGAACAACUAUCAAGGAUCAGACAACUUCUCACGAUGCGCCGGUUUCGAUCCCUCUUCUCGACAUCCCUCGCUCUCUUCUUCCUCUCUUCCGUUGCACUCGCAUCCUACGCCCCUCAACUAGAGAUUCUCUACUGGCCCGUCUCCAACCCUCAACCAUCAGUGCUCGCCCACGUCUCCUACGAUCCAGCUUCUCUAAAAUCAGACCUCAUUGACUAUACACCUCCCAGCGCAGCGGAGACUUCGGAGGACAUAGUCCGCGUGGGCUUCUAUAUCUCAACGCCUUUGAAUCCGAAACAAUGGGUUGGAACUCUGACCUCCCUCGCCGCUCUUCGCGGGGAUAAUGAUCAGAAACCGACCCUCCGCCUGCAUAUUAGCCCUUCAAAUGAGGUCUAUUCUGUCUCUCUGGCCUCAGAUUCCUCAUCGACUUCUUCAUCUUCCUCUGUUAAUAACCCCCGUCUUCAACUGGUGACGGACGAGCUCGGCCCCCGCCCCCAUCUCAAUCGUCCUAUCGUUGUCGGUCCUGACGGCAAGGAUCCUGAGGAAGUUCCUGAAAAGACGCUGUUCCAGAAGUACUGGUGGGUCUUCCUCAUCCUUACCUUCCUAGCCAUGUCGGGAGGUGGAGAGCAGCAAUGA